AUGUCCUCACAGCCCUACAAUCUUCGAAGCAGGCUGAACCCUCAAAGCCCCUCUCUGCGCUCGACCCCGAUUCCUUCGCCCAUCCCCAAGGCCGGGACCGGACUUGCUCGCAAGACUCGCUCUACGGACUAUGCGCUACAACUGCAGAGGGUGAUUGGGACUACCACAAACGGUCCCAGUGGGCUGGCAUGCUGUCCAAAAACGAGCUCGUACGCCUAUUGCGCCGGAGCGGUAGCGGUUCUGGCCAGGCUUGGUUUGGAUGAUGUUCCUGUACUCCGAUACUUCAAGGCUCGACCAACGGCAGCUUCACUGAAUCCUCCCACUUCUCAUUAUGAAAGUUCACCAUCAACUACGCCAUCCAGGAGGAGGGUUAGCACGUUUACUCCGAGAAGAGGCUUGGAAGAAUAUAAUGGGGGCUCUGUGGGCCGCGAAUGGUUGGACGAGUCUGCUGGGCAGACAUGGACCGCAAGAGAGCGUAUCAAGACCGCAGCGUGCGUGGCCCUGAGUCGCGACGGCCACUGGCUCGCAGUCGGAGAAGCGGGAUACAACCCUCGAGUUCUGCUGUUUUCAACGGCCGACGAAGCUUCCUGCGAGGUGCCCACUUCGAUCGUCACAGAUCACACCUACGGCCUGCGGUGCAUAGCUUUCAGCUCCGACACAAAACAUCUGGCGACGCUGGGCGACUAUAAGGACGGGUUCUUGUUCGUCUGGUCCUGUAAUGUCAAAACCGGUCAAUUGAGUUUACACUCGGCGAACAAGUGCACUGCCAACAUUUUUGAUAUGACUUGGUGUGGCAACAGUGUGAUCACGGUUGGCACGAGAUGCGUUCGACUCUGGCAGAUACAAGGGGCAACAAAACAGUCACCCAUCAGGAGAUUGAGAUAUCGCCCUUCCGAAGCACCCUCAUCGAGCCCCGGACCGGUUCCGCUACAGAGUCGUAAUGUUCUGCUGGGGUCCAUGGUGGACAGCACAUUUACGUGUGUUGUAUCAGUCGACGAGGUCAACGUCGUAAUUGGCACCGAAACUGGACAGAUCUGUUUGGUCGACAUCUCUCAGACUGUGCUGGAGCUCAAAGUUCUGAAGAAACUGGAAUUCUCCAUCACCUCGAUCGCCUUCAUUUCGGAAGACAGAAAACUGCUGGUGGGCACUCCUCACGGUGUGCACAGCGAACAGUUUGAUGUUUUGCGGAAAGAGGAGAGUAAAUCGCCAUCCAAGCUCUCCUCGCGGAAACCUCGCCUGUCCUCCAUACGACGAUCGCUCGGCCUGCUUGACCAGGCGGAGAGAAGUUUAGUGGCAAUAGGGACACUCAAGGACCACACCAUCACUCUGAAUAAUGAUGGUUGUCUACAAAUCCAGCGUCGAGGUUUGGAGGAUGGGGACACCUCUCAACCUACGUUUGCAGCUCACAAAAGUGUCAUCCUGGGAGUUCGGACGCUUCCCGAGUCUGCUGCUCAGGGCAAUUUUUUCACCUACUCGAAAAAUGGAGAAAUCAAGUUCUGGGGAUCUAACGGCACACUCCUGAAGCAGGAGAGCCUACUUCCUGACACGGCUGAGUCAAGAGACGAUGAGUUCGAAAACGAGCUCACCCAGAUGCGCUUUCUCUCGGUGCAUUCUAUUUUCAUUGCUGGUGAUCGAUUUGGGCUGUUGAAACUGAUCAAGAGCCGCGAUUGGCAAAUUGCACAUACGAUCAGGGCACACAGCGCAGAGAUCACCUCGAUCGACGUUUUGGAGUCUGGAUCGCUUGUUGCGACCAGCAGCAGAGACCGAAUGAUCCAAUUAUUUCACGCCAAUGCCGACUCCUUUGAGCUUCUCCAGACGAUGGAUGACCACGUGGGAUCCGUCAACCAGGUGAUGUUCAUCCAUGGCGGUGAAAAAUUACUGUCCUGUUCCACGGACCGGUCUCUGGUCAUUCGCGAGCGCAUGCUGCGGCAACCAGAGGGUGGGAAAGCCGUGGCCUAUCUCCCUACCAAAGUUUUGACACUCAAAGGCACCCCAUUGUCUAUGGCAAUGGCAGCCGAGAACACCUUGAUGGUGGCCACCAUGGACCGUCGUGUUACAAAUGUCGAUAUCUCUACCGGCACGUUGCUUGAUUCAUUCAAGGUCGGAGAUGGGGAAAGUGAUGACACCGCUUUUCUGAAUUCUAUGGUGUGCUCCUCGAUCCCAGACAAUCCAGAUCAAAAGAUGCUGAUCGGAUUCUGCUCCAUGGACAAAUCGAUCCGAGUCUACAACCAAAGGAAUUUCACCCUCCUGGCCCGCGAAUCUGGACAUACGGAGGGGGUGAGUGAUAUCGCCCUCCUCGAACAAGCCGAUCACUCGAGGCCCGGAUCUCGUUGUACGGUCGUAAGCACGGGAUUGGAUGGCACUAUUAUGAUCUGGAGCAUCUCGAAGACAGCACCUCUGUUACUAACGCCAACGAUCUCACAAGGACAAGGUGGAGGCUUGGGGCUGGUGGCAGACGAGACUGAAGUCACAAAGCCGACACCUUCGUCACUUCCACCACUGAGAAAGGUUUUGACGAAGAGUGAUAUAACAGAACUCCUAGGAGUGAAUGGGCAGGGGUCACCUUCCAGUCCUCGGUCUCUGUCGCCGGUGCGGUUGCAGCGCAAGACGUCGAGACUUGCUCUUGCAACGUCACUCGAAGACCUCGAAGAAACACCAAGUCGGAAGGCUGGGUUUCCUGCAGAGAACAUCGACUCACCAAGUGGCGAGAAAGCGGAUAUCCGACGGUCACCUUCUCCGCCGCCACGUGGGCCAUCGAAAUUAAGAACUCAAAGGUCUCGGGCAGAUAUCAACAAAGAUCUGGAGUCUAAAAGAACAACGUUGGCAGAGCGCUCACCCUCGCCACCAACAACAGCUGUCUCGAUGCCGGCCACACCCAAACAGCGGCAGAAGGCUAACAAUGGCCGAUUGCGAAGACCACCUUCAGUGCCCUCGGAUCUGCGGGCCCAAGCUGCCGCCCAAGGACGCCGGCAGAGCAUGAGCCAAGCAUCUGACUUUGGAAGCCUGGCCAUGGCCACGGAUCAGGCGACGCGAAUGCUGAAAAUAUACAAGAAAAAGUUGACCGUGAGUAAAGAGGCGGUGGAUCUUGAUGACUUGGAAUCUGAACUUUCUGGGCUGCUGAAAAAUGUUCGGGAGAGGAAGAACAGAACGCACCCUGGACAACAGCAAAACACCAAAACGGCGAGUUCGAGCGAACAGGCAAAGACUACCACCGAGAACGAGGUUGAUCAAUUGGCCACUUUGUUAGAGGGCUCAAGCUUGAGCAAAUCACCGACCGCCACAGCUACGGAUAGCAAGGAUACAUCGGUGUCCACUGCAUGA